AUGGCGACGCGGGCCCGAGGCUUCUUGCUGCUCCGGGGCGGCCUGGGCCGAGGGCCUGCGAGGGUCCCGGGAGUAGCGGAGCGCGCGCGCCGGGGCUUCGGGAGCAGCGGCGUGAGACAUGAAGCCAUUAUAAUCUCAGGAACUGAAAUGGCCAAACAAAUCCAGAAAGAAAUACAGCAAGGCGUGGAAUCAUGGAUUGCUCUUGGGAAUAGGAGACCCCACCUCAGUAUCAUUUUAGUGGGAGAUAACCCAGCAAGCCACACCUACGUCAGGAAUAAGAUAAAAGCUGCUUCCGCUGUAGGUAUCUGCAGUGAGCUCAUUCUAAAGCCCCAGAGCGUUUCUCAGGAGGAACUUUUGGAUAUCACUGAUCAGCUGAACAUGGACCCAAGAGUCAGUGGUAUAUUAGUUCAGCUACCACUUCCAGACCAUGUGGAUGAAAGAACAAUAUGCAAUGGAAUCGCCCCAGAAAAAGAUGUAGAUGGAUUUCAUAUUAUCAAUAUUGGGAGACUGUGCCUUGAUCAGCAUUCUCUGAUACCUGCCACUGCCAGUGCUGUUUGGGAAAUAAUAAAAAGAACAGGAAUUGAAACAUUUGGGAAAAACGUGGUGGUAGCAGGAAGAUCCAAGAACGUGGGCAUGCCGAUCGCAAUGCUGCUGCACACGGAUGGAGAGCAUGAGCGCCCUGGAGGUGACGCAACAGUGACGAUAGCUCACAGAUACACUCCCAGAGAACAACUGAAGGUCCAUACUCAGCUGGCAGAUGUUGUCAUCGUAGCUGCAGGUAUUCCCAAGUUGAUUACGGCUGACAUGGUUAGAGAAGGCGCAGCAGUAAUUGAUGUGGGCAUCAACUAUGUUCAAGAUCCUCUGACGGGAAAGACUAAACUAGUUGGAGAUGUGGACUUUGAAGCUGUUAAGAAGAAAGCCAGCUUUAUCACUCCAGUGCCAGGAGGUGUGGGACCCAUGACCGUGGCCAUGCUUCUGAAGAACACACUUCUGGCUGCCAAGAGCAUCAUUUACUAGGUCACACGGGAGAAUACAAAAAAUGAAUAGUGCUGCUUAUUUAUUUGACAACAGGCAAAAUUCUUUCUAUUUUACUACAAAGCUAUUUAUUUCUACAUUGUAUUUAUUUUUUCAUCAGUAAAACCAUUGUAGAACUGAUUAUUUACACAACUUAAUGGAUUUCUUGCUAAUAGACUUUGAGUUUUAGGAAAAAAAACAAAACAAUUCCAAUGAUAAUUUUGGUAACAAUUCUUUAUUUUAUGGAUAUUUGUUCAUAAUGUUAAAACAAAUGAAGAAUUCAUAUUUAAUAAAUAUAUUUUUGACAUAACCUAAAUAUCACAUACAGUAUGUUUUCAAUAACUGUUUUGUCAACCAAAUGGGUGCCAUGUAAACUGUAAUUUGUUAUAACUGUGAUUUUUUAAUACAGUUCAUAUUCUAGUUUAUCUGUUGAAAAAGAGCUCAUUUGUUAAGAGGAAAAUAGAAUGUUGAAAAUGAAGUCUUAAUUUCAGUUAUCUCCUGGCAUACCAUAAGGCAAUUCUAUGGAAAAACUGAUGUUUAUUUAAGAAACAAAAACCAUUUAGGCAAAAGCUGUUAUGCUACUUGGAAACUGAAAAAUGAUUACUUGGUGUCGUAGAAGGGCAUGCGUGUUAGGCUCCCACAUCAUCUAGUUCACUGGUGCAGUAUAAGACUAUGUGGUUUCCAUAUUGUUCAUUUCACUUCACUGAUGAUAAUAGAAAAAUCUCACAGCAAAUGAGUGUACAAAGUCAAACGAAAGUGAUUUUCCCACAAAUAUCAACCAAAUACAAUGCUGAUGCUGCACGUAUGAAUCUGUCAUUAAAGAACUGUGAUAUAUUUAUUCAUGGAAGCAGAAAUCUGAUAGAAUUAUAAUGCUUUCAUUUUGUUAAAAUUGAUCCUUGGGAUAUAACUAAAAGCUAGUCUUUGUGCACACAUUUCUUCUCUUUUCUAGGAUAGCGUUUGGUUACUAACACAGAUGCUAUGUUUCUAAUACAAUUCAAAUUGGGAAAUCUGUGUGACUGUUAAUUAAAGGCUAUUGAAUGACUAGAUCCAUAUAAUGGGUACUAAGGUUUCAUACCCAGAUCCCAGUAUAUUUAUGUACUAUUAAUGGUCCUUGUUCAAUGCAUGGUUUUUAUCGGUGUGCCUCUUGAUCCUUUGUGUGAAAAUAGACUAACGGUUUAUAAUAAUAUUUCAAUUGUCCAAUAAAAGCAAUUUGAAGAAGAA